AUGUUAAGUAACUUUCCCAAAAUUGAACUUCUUUCUAUCGAUGGUGAUUCUCUUGAGGAUGUUAUCGAAGAAAAUAUGCCAAAGUGGCUUCCAUAUCUGGUUAAGAGUUUAAAGUGUUUGAACUUGCAAGAUAUGCAACUCCUGUCAACUUCAUGGUGUUCUAUGUUAGCUUCGGAACUCGCCAAAUGUGGAAAUUCUGUGGAUAGAACUUUGGGGGAGGAAACUGUGGAGAUGACAGUUUUUGGAGGAUCAAGACUGGAAAUUCUUUUUAUAAACCUUCUACUUGCUCAUUCCCCUUCUCUUAAGAUGUUUAAAAUCACAUCACGUGGAGCUUGGGAUGUUGACAUUGGUAAGGAUGUUAUGCAGUUCCCUGGAGCCUCACCAAAAGCAGAAAUCAUCUACUUGAAUCCCACAUCCUAA